AUGGUGAAUGCGCUCAGUUCCAGCGGUGGUCAUCUGGUGUCCGAUUGUGACGAACAGUUGAUCAUUUCGAGUACCUUCAAUCAGCUGGUCAAAAUCAGUGCCAUCAAUUUCAAAGCACCGCUCUCUCACGGACCGAAAAAGGUGAGAAUCUUUAUCAAUCAACCAAGCACCAUCGAUUUCGAUAUGGCCGAAUCGCAAGUUUCGGUGCAGGAUCUGGUACUGGGGCAGAAGGAUCUUGUGUCGGGAUCGCCGAUUCCGUUGCACUUCGUUAAAUUUCAGAACGUGCAGAAUGCGCAGCUGUUCGUGAAGGAUAACCAUUCUGGUGACGAGACGACCAUUAUCGAUCAUUUGGCCUUCAUCGGGUCACCGAUUGCAACGACUAAGAUGGAUGAUUUCCAGCGGGUGGCUGGGAAGAAGAAUGAAAGCCACUAG